CAACCUUUGCCCAUGGCAUCGACCUAAGCAAGUGUCCCAUCAGGACAAAUUGCAGGCGAAACAUCCAGGCCUUGAGCACACUGUCCAAGGGAGGAGUCUGCUCCCACCUAACAGGAUUCCUAGGGGCAAUGGCUGCCUUCACUCUCCCCUCUUCAACAAGACUUCUAGGAAAAGGGCUGAGAGAAAUGGCAAUGAUCCUUCUUCUUCUGACCUGUCUUUGGGGUGUGGUUUGGGGCGCAGAUCCUCCAGCCUCAGACACAGCUGAGGUGAGGCUAGCGAAUGGCACAAGUCGCUGCAGCGGAAGAGUGGAAGUGUUGCACAAUAGCCAAUGGGGCACCGUUUGUGAUGAUAAUUGGGGCAUGGAAGAUGCCAGAGUCGUGUGCCGGCAGCUGGGUUGCUCAGCAGCACUAUCAGCUGUAUCCAGAGCACAUUUUGGACAAGGAACUGGCCGCAUCUGGCUGGAUGAAGUUCAAUGCAGAGGCACAGAAACAACUCUCAGUCAGUGCCCAGCAAGGCCUUGGGGAGAAAACAACUGUAACCAUGGAGAAGAUGCUGGCGUCAUAUGUGCAGAAGUAAGGCUGGUCGGUGGUUCAACUCCCUGCACUGGCCGGGUUGAGGUGUUCCAAAACCAGCAAUGGGGAACAGUGUGUGAAAAUGGCUGGGACAUGAAGGAAGCCCGUGUUGUGUGCCGGGAAGUGGGCUGUGGAGAUGCCAUAGCUGCACCAGGUAGAGCUAAAUAUGGACAAGGAUCUGGUCCCACUUGGAUGAAUGCAGUCAACUGCACAGGAUCAGAGGAAAGUCUACGUAAAUGCCCAGCAAACCCAUCAGCAGAACAUAGCUGUGACCAUAGCCAAGAUGCCAGUGUGGAAUGUGCAGAGGCUCCUGAAAUCAGAUUAGCAGAAGGCCUUACUCACUGCUCUGGCAGAGUCGAAAUAUUCCAUGAACAACUUUGGGGAACUAUAUGUGAUGACGACUGGGACCUUGAGGAUGCCAAUGUUGUGUGUCAUUAUCUUGGCUGUGGAAGUGCCAUUUCAGCUCCACGAGGUUCUCGUUUUGGAGCAGGAAACGGUCCCAUCUGGCUGGAUGGUGUUAACUGCACAGGGUCGGAGAAAGCCAUCAGUAAUUGCCCAGCUAAAGAAUGGGGGCAACAUGACUGUACCCACACUGAAGAUGCAGGUGUUAUAUGUACUGAUAUCCGACUAAUGAAUGGCUCCACUCGUUGCUCAGGGAGGGUUGAGGUGUAUCACAACAAGCAGUGGGGGACCAUUUGUGAUGAUGGCUGGGAUAUGCAGGAUGCAGAAGUCGUGUGCCGGGAGGUGGACUGUGGAAAUGCUUUAAAAGCAACAGGUGGAGCGCGCUUUACCCAAGGAUCUGGUGCCAUCUGGCUAGACAGAGUGAACUGCACAGGGAAAGAGGCAUCCCUGAAAGAAUGCCAAGCGAGGCCUUGGGGAGAGCACAGCUGUGACCACAGAAGGGAUGCGAAUGUGGAGUGCUCAGACCCAAAUGAGAUCAGACUGGUCAAUGGUUCAGGCCGCUGCUCUGGGAGAAUUGAGAUACUCCACAACCAGCAGUGGGGGACUGUGUGUGAUGAUGGCUGGGAUAUCAACAAUGCCGAAGUUGUGUGCAGAGAACUAGGCUGUGGAAAAGCAGUAUCAGCUGUACGAGGCGCUCGUUUUGGAAGGGGAAGUGAUCGUAUCUGGCUGGAUGAUGUUAAAUGUAAAGGGUCAGAAGCUGCCCUCAGGGACUGCCGCCUAAAGCCCUGGGGAGAACACAACUGCAACCAUGGAGAAGAUGCUGGUGUGGUGUGCUCAGAACUCAGACUGGUAAAUGGCACAAAUCGCUGCUCUGGGAGAGUUGAGAUAUUCCAUGACCACCAGUGGGGGACCGUCUGUGAUGACCGCUGGGGCAUGAAGCAGGCUGAAGUUGUCUGCAGGGAGAUGGGCUGUGGUGUUCCUUUAAAAGCCCCUACAAAUGCCUUUUUUGGACGAGGAUCAGGGCCCAUCUGGAAGGAUGAUGUCAACUGUAUUGGAACCGAAACUUUCCUCAGUGAAUGCACAUCAAGCGCUUGGGGCCUUAAUAACUGUCACCAUGGAGAAGAUGCUGGUGUUGAGUGUGGAGACCCAGUAGCGAUAAGGUUGGUCAAUGGCUCAAGUCGGUGCUCUGGAAGAGUAGAAGUGUUUCAUUUGCAACAAUAUGGAACUGUGUGCGAUGACAGCUGGGACUUGAAUGAUGUUACAGUGGUCUGUAGGAGCCUUGACUGUGGCUCGCCCAUAUCAGCCCCACAUGGAGCCCGGUUUGGGCGAGGAAUGGAUCCCAUCUGGAUGGAUGAUGUAUCAUGUACAGGAACAGAAUCUUCCCUCUCUGAGUGCAAUGCGAAGCCUUGGGGAGUAAAUAAUUGUAACCAUGGAGAAGAUGCUGGUGUUGUGUGUUCAGAUGAUCUGAGACUGGUAAAUGGCUCAAAUCGCUGCAGUGGGAGAGUUGAGAUUCGCCCACCCCACACUGAGCAGUGGGGCACCGUCUGUGACCGUACUUGGGACAAAAAUGAUGCUGAAGUUGUGUGUAGGCAACUGGGCUGUGGAAAGCCUGGUGCCGUCCUAAGUGGAGCUCAUUUUGGACAAGGAUCAGGUUCCAUCUGGUUGGAUGACAUCAACUGCAAAGGCACGGAAGAUGCUAUCACAGAAUGCAGGGCAAAUACUCAGGGGAACAAUAACUGUCAUCAUGGACAAGAUGCAGCAGUUAUUUGCUCAGACAAAUUCAUCACCAAUGUGGCUAACGUCAGACUGGAAGAUGGCCCAAACUCCUGUGCUGGGAGAAUUGAGGUGUUCUACCAGCAGCAGUGGGGAACUGUGUGUGAUGAUGGAUGGGACCUGAAGGAUGCUGGUGUCGUGUGCAAGCAACUGAAUUGUGGCAUUGCUUUGGAAGCCCCACAUGGAGCACGCUUUGGGCGUGGACCUGAUCGCAUCUGGUUGGAUGAUGUGAACUGCUCAGGGUCAGAAGAUUCCCUCAAAGAAUGUGGAGGACGUCCUGUAGGAGAGCACAACUGUGGCCAUUCUGAGGAUGCAAGUGUGGUGUGCUCAGGUCUUUUCCAGGUGCGAUUGGCUGGUGGCCCUAAUUCCUGUGCUGGGCGAGUAGAGCUGGAGCAUAAUGGCUCCUGGGUUUCUAUUGGCGACUCUGGCUGGGAUCUUACGGAGGCCACGGUGGCAUGCCGGCACCUGGGCUGUGGAGCAGCAGUGUCUGCACCAGUGGGCACCACAUAUGGCAUGCCUACAGGGGCAGCCUUGUUGGAUGAGAUGAAAUGCACUGGACAAGAGUCAUCCCUCAUUCAAUGCCAGGCUAUGCCCACCGGUUCCAAAAAGUGCAUCUGUGGUUCCUAUGCAGGAGCAGUGUGUGAAGGAAAAACAGGUUCUUCUGUAAUUAUUGCUGUGGUUCUGGUACUGGCUGCUGUUGCCCUGAUUAUUGGUUUGUCCUUUUUCUACCUGCGAAGAAAGAGGACGGGAAGAUCAUUUGUGGCAUUUCCCUUUACUCGUAGACAUGAUGGAUUCAGGCAAGACAUUUCAAUUGGGUCUCGUACAGUAAAUGGCACUCCAGAAAUAUAUACUCAGGGAGGAGAACAAGCUACACUUGAGAUGGACUGUGACACUGCCCGCUUAGUGAAAGAAGACUCUGCCUCUUCCCCAGACCACAUUAACUGAGGGGCAGGGGAAGAGGGCUGGACUCCAAAGUUGGCAAGAUCCACCAGAAGAUAGUUCGCUCAGCAUUCUCAGUCACAGAGGAAGGUUGUACAGUUAGUGCAAAUGCAAAAAUUCAAAGACUAAGUAUAUUUUGAUAGGGUUUGGGGGUUGUCCUAGCUUAUGGGGGCACAAAGACAUGACAGUAGAAACAAACCUUAAGGAUGAUGCCUUUUCUUUCUUUUUUCUUUCUUUCUUUCUUUCUUUCUUUCUUUCUUUCUUUCUUUCUUUCUUUCUUUCUUUCUUUCUUUCUUUCUUUCUUUCUUUCUUUCUUUCUUUCUUUCUUUCUUUCUUUCUUUCUUUCUUUCUUUGGAAUAGGGCUUUGGAGGAUGUAUUUGGAAAUUAUUACUUUCCUUACUGAUCAUUGCACUUAAUGAUGGUCUGACCCUACCUGCCAGAACCAGAAGACGACAGGCUCUUCUCCCCUAGUAAAUAGGAAAUCAUUCUACAUAUGCUACAUAUAUCUUCUGAGACUAGAAGGCAAGAUAAAUCUGAUUUAUUUGGGAAGUGGAACUGCCUCUUAUCUCCUAGUCAGUUUGGAACUUCCCAGUAGCAAAUUGCUGAAGUGCAUGCCCGGUGUGUUUCCCUCCUAUCUGAACAGCUAGGUUGUGCCAUUCAUGUGUCCUGCUCAUGCAGGAGCAGUGUAAAUGCUCCUCUACAUGAGUGUAUGGCCAGUGCCUAUCGUGGGUGCAGUGUGAUUGCCCUGUAGUGUCUCUUUCUGAAGUAGCUGUUUUUAAGCUGAGGGACUACCACAGCAAAUUACAAGUGUGAUCCUACACUAUGUUUGUUCUGUCCUCUUUACUUGUAACCUAGAUUCAAAUUUCCUAUGGCUGUCUUACCUAGGCUUGGUGAACAGUGGCAAAGAAAAUUCUAAGCCAUCUAGCCAUUGUAGACCCACAUGUCACUCAUGGUUUCCUUAUAUGCUUUGAAGAUUAUGAAAAAUUGUGGCCCAACAUGCUGUGGUUUGGUUUGUGUUUUUGUUGUUGUUGUCUUUGUUAAUUUGAGGAGCUAGGAAUUUUUAUCUUUAUUGUUCACAAUCCAUUUUUGUCUAAUUUGCUUUUAUUGUUAUUUCCUUUAUAUGUUUUCUGUAUUCACAGUUUCACCCAAGAUUGUAAUGGGCUUUGGCCAUUUGCAAUAAAUUAUUCCCCCUCCUCCUCUGAGCACUGUGGAAGAUGCGUGAGAUACAAAUAAAAUCAAAUAUAUAACAAUCUAAAA